CAAUGAAGAGUUCAAUAAGCUCAUGAAUGGACUUCUCCGAAUCGAAGCUGUUAACAUGACUGAAAUUGAAACUGAUGAAAGAGAUGAAAGUAGUGAAUCUGAAGAAAGUCACAUUCAAUUGAGAACUGCAACUGUUGACUGGCGUAGAGAAGGAUUAGUUACUCCAGUGAAAAACCAGGGUCAAUGUCACUCUUCCUGGGCUUUCAGUGCAACUGGUGCCAUAGAAGGACAGUGGGCAAAAAGGCAUGGAAACCUGGUUUCUCUCAGUGAACAGAAUCUGAUUGAUUGUAAGAAAUCACGUAAUGGAUGCUCUACUGGAACGGCAUUUCGCGGCUUUCAUCAAGUGAUUGAAUUUCAAGGCAUCAACUCUGAGGAAACUUACCCUUACACCGGAAAAGAUACAGACUGCAGAUUUCAGCCAGAUAAAAUUGCUGCUAAAAUCACUGACUACAAAUGGGUUUGGGGAGGCGAGUUAGCAUUGGAACAAGCUGUGAGAGAGAUAGGACCGAUGUCUGUUGUGAUUAAUGCAAGUCUGAAAUCCUUUCAACAUUAUAAAGGAGGAGUUUACUAUGAUGAAAAUUGCAAUGGAUAUGUAACCGAUGAUGUGCUGGUGGUUGGUUUUGGAACUGAGGAUGGAAUGAACUAUUGGCUGGUUAAAAACAGGUCCGUACUCUAUGAAAUAACAAACACCUGAUCACAGACGGAGAAGGGACAGUGACAUGGAAUGAAUUUC